AAGUCUUAAACAUCCUAUGGGAUGAGAUAGAUAAUUUAACAAACCUACAAAUUACCAACUCAUAAGAUAUAGAUUGAAUCGCUCAUAAGUCGGUAGUCGAGUUGGCUCGCGUUAGCCACAAUGUUAAGACAUCUCAUGAGCUCAAAAUAAGUCAUCAGCCUGCAGGUUGAGCUAAACAAAACCACCGAAUUUAGCUGGCUCGCGAGCCUGCACGAGCUCAACAUGGCUUAUCUCAAUCUCGGAUCGUUAGUAAACAAGUCAAAUUCCGAACUAGUUUUUUUUUUCGAACCAAAUAUCGAGUCGCUCGUGAACAUCAACCCAUUUAAUUUGUAGGCAGAUCUCCUGUAUACAAUUUAACGUAGAACAACGAAUCAAUUACGUGGUUAAGAACUUAAGAUGACCCAUAUGUCAAAGAUUAACUUUUUCUUUUUAACUCUAAAUGUUCAUAUGGAGUGAAAUGUCAAACGUGGAGAACGUGAGAGGACUGUGUAGUGUUUUGUCUGCAUGAACUUUUUAGUACAAAAAGGGUAGAAAUGGGACCAUAGGUGUUUUUCUCUGUGUAUCCUCAAAGACCAAAGUUAAUUAUCUCAUCCGCUAAUGUUUCGGUUUCGCAUUGGCUCGUCCGUCGCUAUAUGUGUUCACUUUUGCCACCAUUAAGAACUAAUUGAAUGUUGAAACACUAAUGGGUGAUGUUAAUCAUUUCGGUAGUGAUAUUAUCGUGGAAAGGUUAGACUGGUGUGGCAAUUUGAAUCUACUCUCCGUCGUUCCAAUUUCAGCGUUGGUUUCGAUGAUAGAUUGUUUGUUUGGAUCGAGUUCGAGUUCGAGGCUAGAGAGAGAGACAGUACCGAGGCUUUGAACCGGAGACCAACGGAAGUUUGGUGGACAGUUGACAUCGUGGAAUUAAUGUGUGGUGGAAAAAUUAUAUGAUGUUCAAUUGUUUGUGUGGUCGUGUAAAAUUGACGGACAGUUGACAUUGUGGAAUUAAUGUACGCUUUAUAUGAGUGUGUAGAAUCCGUUUUCCACAAUGAUUUAAAUUCAAAAAUUGUAUUUAAUGUUUCAAUUUUAUUACUUAUAUUUUACCCCUAUAUAUAAACUAUUUGUAAUUAAUAAAAAGGUUGGAAUUUUAUCUUCCAAGUUAGAUUCAUUUAAUCAAAAUUUGGUGUUAAUAAAAAUACAUUCAUUCUUGUCACAUUCCAUGGAAUUGCAUUUUUCCGUGUAUUAUACGAAUUCAUAUUUCAGUGCAUUGUAACAUUCAAAGAACCAAAAGACUAUACAUUAAUGUUGUUUUUUCUGCCCAAGAAAGCAUUAUAACUGUAGUGUCGAUUUUUGGAAAUGAAUUCCUGAACAAGAAAAUCAAUCUUUUGAGAACACCAUGUACGUCUUUCCAGAAGAAGAAGAAAAAAAAAAUACCCUAGCUAGAGAAAUAUGGUACACCAAACUCUCCUAAAUAACUACAUCCUCUUCUUAUAUAUAAAUAAUAAGCAACGUUGUCAUAUAUGCUCUAUAUAUACUUCACAAAUCACUAAUCAGAAGAUCUCAUCCAUCAAGUGGAAGAGCAUAUCAAGCAUAAUGGUAAAGACUAAUUUCAAGUUGAUGUUCUGCUGCCUCGUGCUUUUGGUCGUGUUCGCUGCUUCGGCCGGUGGGAAGAAGAAUAACAUUGGAGCAGAAGGUAGAAACGUAGCACAUCCAUGCAAAACGGUGGCAGAUUGCUCUUCGACAACAUGUUGCAAGUGUACCGGUCUCUGCGUCUGUAACUGUCCCCAAGGAGUACUGGAUGCAGAACGUCUCAUUCAAAAUUCCAAAAGAGUUGAACAAGGAAAUUAAUCUCCAUCCUGUGUACGUAAUAACAAAAAUCCAAAACCAAAUAUGUGUUUAAGAAACAAUUGAUCAUUGAUUGUCCCUGUCCCAUCGUGUAUGUAACCAGUACUGUGUUACACUAUUUGAUUACGCGUAUGAUACGCAAGAGUUCUCCGAAUCCUUAUUGAUUAUGAAUGAAAUAAAGGGUGCUCUCUGCGAUCAUUUAUAAUAAUAAAAAAAAAAGUUUUUAUGGCUCUGCUUUUUCUUCGAAUGGUUAAUGGUGAAGCUCAAAUUUGCAGGGAGAAUAGUUGUCUGGUUGCAAAUUAAAGAACUUGGCUGCAGAGAGUUGUUCAAUUCAAUAGACGGAAAAUAGGGAUAGCAGUAUACGUCGGGAAAUUAGGAAAACGGCGUCGGGAAAUUAGGAAAAUGACGGCCACGUUGGUUAUGUAUGUCAAUGGGUGCAACUAGCUACAAUUCUCAUGCAAAUUCGUUAUCCGGCCCAAUAGUUUCUUGAUUUGGGCUUCCACUACUGUAUAUGGUGGUGCCAUCAACGGUCCUUCCUUCCAGUGCUAAGUAGGCUUUUAAGCCCAAUACCAAACAUGGGUAAGUAAGGCCCAAAACACCACCACACUCAUCUGGGGCCAUGGGUGGGAUUCGGUCGGUAAACAAUUUACCGGUUUCGGUAUACCGAAGUUGGCCAAAUUGGUUACCGAUUACCGAUACCGGUUUGUAACCGGUUUACCGAUUACCGAAUUACCUGUAAACGGUUACAAACCGGUAUUACCGAAAUACCGUGAGAAGCGAUUUCGGGCGGUUUUUCGGUCGGUUUACCGAAUAUUUACCGAACCGAAUUUCUGGAAGUGAGGUGAUGUUGUAAUAUUUUGAUUUUUUUGAGUUUUUUUCAUCAUUUUUGUAAUUAAUAAUUUAUUGUUAACUCUUAUUUACAAUAUUUUUGAGGCCUACACUUACAUUCAUGCAUGUAAUACUUUAUGUUUUUUGUGGUAAAGCAACAAAACGCAGUGUAGCACUAGGGAGUAGGGAGGGGGGAUUCGGUAUCGGUAAUACCGAUUUACCGUCGGUAUUUACCGAUACCGUGUUCGGUAAACCGACUCCCCCAACUUCCCGCUCGGCUACCGAUACCGCCGUUAAACGGUUUACCGUUUACCGUCGGUUAGCGGUUCGGUAAAACGGUAAACCGUUUACCGAAUUACCGUUUACCACCCUAUCUGGGGCUAUUCGCAUAUUAUUGUUGAGCCAAUUCGUUUCAACACUAAUAUUAUUAGUGAUAAGUAGGUGGUCAUUCAGAUGGAUAAUGUGAAGCAUUUAUCGGGUAGUAAGUAGUAACAAUUUUUGUUUUUUAGAAAAAAGAGAUUUAAGGGUUGGGUUUCUCUCUAACUUUUAAACGUGUCUCGCUGCAUUUUGUAUCUGUCAGAACUAAUUGGAUUUCCCAUAUUGUAACAAAACAAUACCACUUAGUCGAUGAACGUGCUUUAAGAAAUUGACUAAUGUUCC